AUGAACAAACUUCCGAUCACAGGUGGCUUCCUUUGGGUGGUGGCGGUAGCAGCGACAGUGGCGCUUCUCAUUGGAGGUCAUCGGGCUGGUGCUGUGCAUUGCAACCCUAUUGAGCUUCCCGGGCUGGAGGAUGGCGUGAGUUACUGCAACCCUUCGGAGCUCAUUGCGCCGUGUGGGUUCGCAUACCUAUUCAAUCUGCCGCCGUCGUAUGGUUGCUGCGGAAAGCUGAAGGAGCAGAAACCAUGCUAUUGUCAGUACAUCAAGGAUCCAUCGUUGAAACCUUACAUAUUUUCUGACAGUGGUAGAAGAAUUGCUAGAGCCUGCAACAUUAUCAUCCCCACUUGUGCGGCUUAG